UUAACUAGAACUACUGGUUACAGUCACAAAAAUCAGGUCCAGCCCACCCGCCGUAGCUCGUGACACCGCGCUUGACUCACUCACCAGGGCAGAGGGAGAAAACGGACCAAAUCUGAACGUAAUGAAGAGAAGCGGGGUGAAAUGUGGCAAUCCGGUGCCGGUUACAAAGAAACAUCUCAGCAUGGCCACAUCAUGUCCUCAGCUGGAUAGGCAGACUGAGAAGCAGCUCUGUAUGUUUUUUAAUGGCAACGUGAAGUUCAGUUUGCUCUACCAGGGCAGCUGCCAUGGGUUUAACUUCACUGAAAUACAGCACAAGUGUACCAAUCAAGGCCAAAUCAUAAUGGUGGGCUACCUGGAGGAUGGCUUGGUUCUGGGAGGCUGUAUGAGCAAGGGGCUCAUAAAUCAGAACACAACCUUAAAGGAUGAGACCGCCUUUCACUUCUCAGCUAGCCAGUCGGAGCCAGUGAAGACCGUCCAUUUUGAGCACAAUGCAGUUCGGUUUGACAGUGACCUGCGUUUCUUUCAGUCCAAUGUUAGGAACAACACUGUGAGUGUCACCAGCUCUCAGCUGGAAGGAGAAAAGAUCCUGGAGGAGCUGGAGGUGUACCGGGUAGAAGAGGCCUGUGACCUUUUGGAGACGCCCUGGAGAGAGCUGACCUCCACCGAGGAGAAAAGGAAUCUUCUCAAAGAGUCUGUUGUUUCCUACAAACCACCCACUGAUGCGGUUUCUCAGGCCAGAGUCUUGCUUGUGGGCCCAGUGGGAGCAGGAAAGUCCAGUUUCAUCAGCUCGGUCUGCUCUGUUUUCCAUGGCCGGGUGUCCAUCCAGGCAAUGGUUGGUACAGCAGCAAGGAGUUUCACCACAAAGUUUAGAUCAUAUACCAUCAAAGCUGCCCGAGGAGGUGAGGCCACCCCACUGGUUUUGUGUGACAUGAUGGGACUGGGAGAGAACGAUUUGUCAGGAGUGAAGGUGAAGGAUGUGCUGCAGGUGAUCAAGGGACACGUGCCUGAGGGGUACAAGGGAAUGGAUAUUAUCACAGCUCACCGGCUGGUUGAAGGGACAGUGGACAGUCUCCGGCAGAGUGCUAGGAACUUUGAAGGAAUUAAGUGUGCAGCUGAUAAGUUUGUGCAGCGGGCUAAAAGAAAGCUGCAGGAAGAAGAAGAGUUAAGGACCAUUGAUGUGAAAGUCCCAUACGAUCAGCAGUUUCUGAUUGACUCCUACCAGCCUGUGGGCACAAUUGAUCCAGACCACUGA